UAACUUCUGCUGGUCUUUAUAUUUCUUCAAGUAAUGCCAGAAAAAAAAAAUUGUACGAACUGGAACUGCUAAUUCUUCAUUUGGUUUGUUACACGAUUUCACUUCCUGAAACGUUGUUCUUCAUGAAUCCUCUGUAAUCGCGCGAGUACGUUGAACAUUUGUUAUGUCGACGGAGAGAUUGAUCCCCAAUGGUACGGCUCCGUCGGAGGCGGCUGAGCCGCCGAGGCUUGUUGCAGCGUCGCAUUCGUUCCGGCAGUGUGGGGAGCCGGCUAGGGUUUUUGAGGAGCUUCCGGUUGCUUCUAUUGUAUCGGUUUCUCGGCCGGAUACUGGAGAUAUUAGUCCCUUGCUGUUAUCUUACACCAUUCAAAUCCAGUACAAACAGUUUAAAUGGAACUUAGUGAAGAAAGCAUCGCAAGUUAUUUAUUUACAUUUUGCAUUGAAGAGACGCACAUUUAUUGAAGAACUUCACGAGAAACAAGAGCAGGUGAAAGAAUGGCUUCAAAACUUAGGAAUAUUUGACCACACAGCAGUAGUUCAUAAUGAUGAUGAAUCUGAUGUUGCAGCUGAUGAACAAACUACAAGAAACAGGAAUGUUCCUUCUGUUGCUGCUUUACCUAUCAUUAAGCCAGCACUGGGAGGACAGCGGUCCAUUUCAGACAAGGCAAAGCUAGCAAUGCAGGGUUACUUAAAUCACUUUUUAGGGAACUUGGAUAUUGUAAACUCUCGUGAGGUCUGCAAGUUUUUAGAAGUCUCCAAGAUGUCAUUUGUAAGAGAAUAUGGUCCAAAGUUGAAAGAAGGUUACCUAAUGGUGAAGCAUUUAAAACAACUCACAGGAUCUGAUUCUAGUAUAAAAUGUUGUGCAUGUCAUUGGUGCAGCUGCUGUGAUUACAAUUGGAAAAAGGUUUGGGCUGUUUUGAAACCAGGUUUCUUGGCCUUGGUUGCUCAUCCUCUAGACACUAAACUCCUAGAUAUAGUUGUUUUUGAUGUUCUACCAUCAUUAGAAGAAAAGGAGGAAUCCCAAGCAUACUUAGCAUCUCAUAUCAAGGAGCGCAAUCCUUUACGUUAUUCAUUUAAGGUUAGAUGCGGAAAUGGAAACAUGAAGUUCAGAACCACAAGUUCUGCUAAAGUUAGAGAAUGGGUAUCAUCAAUCAAUGAUGCUGGUUUCGGACCUCAAGAUGGCUGGUGCCACCCUCAUCGCUUUGGUUCUUUUGCUCCUCAGAGAGGUUUGAGUGAUGAUGAAAGCCAAGCUCAGUGGUUCAUAGAUGGUGGGGCAGCUUUUGAAGCAAUCGCUUGCUCUAUUGAGGCUGCAAAAUCAGAGAUAUUCAUCACUGGUUGGUGGCUUUGCCCCGAGCUUUAUAUGCGACGUCCUUUUCAAUAUCAUUAUUCUUCACGGCUUGAUGCAUUACUGGAAACAAAGGCAAAAGAAGGUGUCAAGAUUUACAUCCUAAUGUAUAAGGAGGUUCCUAUUGCUCUGAAAAUUAACAGUAUGUAUAGUAAGAGGAGACUUCUAAAUAUUCAUGAGAAUAUUAAGGUACUACGUUCUCCUGAUCAUAUGUCAACUGGAAUUUACUAUUGGUCGCAUCACGAAAAACUUGUCAUUGUCGAUCACCAUAUAUGCUUCAUUGGAGGUUUGGAUUUAUGCUUUGGCCGCUAUGAUACAAUGGAGCAUAAAGUGAGUGAUUUCCCUCCUUAUACAUGGCCAGGAAAGGACUAUUACAACCCAAGAGAAUCUGAACCAAAUUCUUGGGAAGACACAAUGAAAGAUGAAUUGGAUCGAGAGAAGUAUCCUCGAAUGCCGUGGCAUGAUGUUCACUGUGCUCUUUGGGGAUCGCCAUGCCGUGAUAUUGCUCGACACUUUGUCCAAAGAUGGAACCAUGCUAAGAGAAACAAAGCCCCAAAUGAAGAAAAAAUACCUCUACUAAUGCCACAACACCACAUGGUCCUUCCACAUUACAUGGGAAGAAGCACAGAGUUGAGCUUUGAAAAUAAAGACUCAGAACAAGAUCAUCAGAAGCAGACUACUGUAGAUUUCUACUCCUCCUUAUCUCCACAGCAAGAUAUUCCAUUACUUCUGCCUCAGGAAGCUGGUGGACUUCCAGAUUUAAACAUUGAAACAAGUAGCCCUUCCAUGAAUCAUCACUUUCUCAAUAAGCCCGUGGAGAUACAAAGACGUCUUAUGGAUUCUUUGACACAAUAUGCAGAAACAUAUGGAUCGUUAGAUGAAUUUGGAUUUUUGGAUGAGUUUGGUGAUUUGGGUCAUCCAAGGGAAGCUGCUAUUGAUGCUCCAGCAUACAUGAAAACUUCAGACGACUGGUUGGAAACUGAACCCGAAAGCAAUCAUGUUGUUGCUGUUAACGAUGUGAAAGAAAUUGGUCCCAUUACUACUAGCAAUUGUCAGGUGAUAAGAAGUGUCAGUCAGUGGUCAGCAGGAACAAGCAAACCAGAGGCAAGCAUCCAUGGCGCUUACUGUUUUGCUAUUCAAGAGGCAAAACACUUCAUCUACAUUGAGAACCAGUUUUUCAUAUCAGGUUUAUCAGGGGAUGAGACCAUACAAAACCGGGUUCUGGAAGCACUGUACCAACGUAUAUUACUGGCUGAUAAAGAACAACAAUGUUUUAGAGUCAUUGUGGUUUUACCACUCCUGCCUGGAUUUCAGGGUGGUGUAGAUGAUAAUGGUGCAGCAACUGUUCGAGCCUUGAUGCAUUGGCAGUAUCGAACAAUUAGUUGGGAAAAAACAUCAAUUUUGUAUCGUCUUAAUCUUUUACUCGGUCCAAAAACGCAGGAUUAUAUUUUGUUUUGUGGUCUUAGAUCAUAUGGCAGACUUUUCGAUGGUGGUCCAAUUGCCACAAGUCAGGUAUAUGUGCACAGCAAAUUGAUGAUAAUUGACGAUUGUAUAACCUUUAUUGGUUCCUCCAAUAUUAAUGACAGAAGUUUACUUGGAUCCAGGGAUUCUGAGAUUGGGGUAUUUAUUGAGGAUAAAGAGUUUGUUGAUUCAUCCAUGAAUGGAAAGCCUUGGAAGGCUGGAAAGUUUGCACAUAGUCUUCGAUGCUCCUUGUGGUGUGAGCACCUCGGUCUUCGACUUGAAGAGGUCAGUCAAAUCAGUGAUCCUAUAGCAGAAGCAACAUACAAAGAUAUAUGGUUAGCUACAGCAAAGGAAAACACAGCAAUAUAUGAAGAUGUCUUUUCUUGCAUCCCCAAUAACAACAUAAACUCAAGAUCGUCUCUACGCCAAAGUUUGGCCGAUUUGAGGGGAAAACAUGGCCAUAAUACAAUAGAUUUAGGAAUAGCUGCUGAGAAGAUAGAAAGCCAUGAAAAUGGAGAAGUUAAGAAGAUAGAUCCAAUGGAGAGGCUGAAAUCUAUUAGGGGACAUCUGGUUUGUUUCCCAUUGGAGUUCAUGUGGGAAGAAGAUCUCAGACCAGGGUUCAUUGAGAGUGAGUUUUAUGCUGCUCCUCAAGUUUUUCAUUGAGUUAUAUAUUCUUCAUGCCCAAUUAUAGAUGGAAAUUGCACUAAUUGAUACACCAUUAAAUCUAGUUUACAUUGUUCAUUCUUUUGUCUAGAAAUAAGAUUGUAUGUUCUGUAGAUGUCCUGUCACAUGAGUGUAAAUAUUUAUGUAUAUAACAAUCUUUUAUUUUUCUUCUUUUGGGAUUGAGUUUGUAGAUGAUAUUUUGUAGCAUAUCCAAAAUGAUUUUGGGUAUGCAAUGAAUUCCUUCAUAUUUAUUCUACGGCGGGGGAAAAUAAAACUUCCGUCGUAAAAACACUAAAUAAAGACUUUAUAAAGUAGAAUUGAGAAUGAAGUUUUUUUCAUUU